AGUUGUGGUAGCUGUCGUUAGCUUGAUUGUGGACACAAAAAACUGCGAAAUCAAGGAGAGGGACAGCGCCCAGAAUAACUGUAAACCUCUGCAAACUGUGUGGAGCAUCGCGUUGGAAAUGAGACUCCAGUCCUGUUCUCCGGGGCGUCGGGCAUUAAAACAGAGGACAUGUCCAUCAGUUUGUUAAAGCCACAGUGCCGCACUCAACUCUCCAAGCAUGCUACAGCAGUGACAAUCUCUCUUUACUCAGCAGCACUGUUUUAUCCAAGAGAAACGUGCCUUGUAAGGAAGCAGGAUGUUCACAGGCUCCACAAAACUGCCACCCACUAAAACCCCGCAGCCCGAGCGGCUGGAUGAAGUGUACGCUGCCUUACGUCGAGGCUUACAGUCGUACUUGCAGGUCCACCAGCUGGAGCUGGACAGUCUGGGUCAGCAGAGCAGAGAGAACAAGAGGAACGGUCGUUUGGGGUCUUUGUAUGAGUUGGAUAAGCAAGUGAAAGCUAUAGAGAGGUUUAUGCGUCGCCUGGAGUUCCACCUCAGCAAGGUUGAGGAGCUUUACGAUGCUUAUUGUAUACAGCGGCGACUGCGUGACGGAGCAAGUAAGAUGGUGGCGGCCUUUAACUGCGCCACUGGCAGCAAGGAGGCCAGAGAGAGCCUGAGUGAAGCCAACAAGGGCUACAGGGAAUGUACAGAGCACAUGUGCUCACUUGAGAGUGAAUUAGAAAGCCAGAUGGGAGAAUUUCACGUCAAGAUGAAGGGCCUCGCUGGCUUUGCACGUCUGUGUGCUGGUGACCAGUAUGAGGUCCUAAUGCGUUAUGGGCGUCAACGCUGGAGGCUACGAGGCCGCGUGGAAGUCAGCAACAAGCAGAUAUGGGACGGUGAAGAGUACGUGUUCCUGCCUCUCGUCACAGAACUGCUCUCAAUCAAGGUCACAGAGCUGAAGAGCCUGGCCAAUCAUGUGGUGGUGGGCAGCGUGUCCUGCGAAAUGCUCGACCUGUUCUGCCCGCUUCCCCAGACGCUCGCUGUGGAUAUCAACGACCUCGGGACAGUGAAGCUGAACCUAGAGGUCACCUGGAGUCCGUUUGAUAAGGACGACCAGACAUCUUCCUCGAGUACAGUUUCCAAACGUCUGUUGUCCAAUCAGAGCCCUCCUGACACACCCUUGAUGCGGGAGCAGGUGUUUUAUUCUCUGCUGAACGACAGGGGGAAAUGGAGAACGGGACCGUCUGGUCCAACUCCUCUGAAUCCUCCGACGACUCCUCCAGUCCAGCCCUGGCUCACCAUGGCUCAGAGGCUGACGGCCUCCAACAUGCUGCCAAACCACUCUCCCCCAUCAGCGUCCUUCACGGCGCACAAGUCCAGCGCGUCAACCGCGAUCGUGCUCUCAUCUAACCAAGAGGAAGAUGAGACGAAGCCGGGGAGGUUUUCAGUCAGGCAGACGCGGUGCCCAAUGGCCUCUGCAGACUUCAUGCUCUCAAAGUCCAGACUGCACUGUGACUGACAGAGUGUCUGUCCAAUCAGCUAACCUCUCUGAAUCCUCAGCAGACCUGAGUUGCUCGUGCCCCGAUGUUUCCUCUGUGCCUCCUGUGUCGCUGAUAGAAGCACAGGAUUUUUCUGAAAGGGGCGUCCCACAAGUUCUAUUCAGCAAAGGAGGAAAAAGACUCCUGCAUGUGAGGAUUCAUCAGUAAAGACUGGACAGACUGAAGCCGAAACAAAAGACAGCACCACUGGAGCAGGAGAGGGACGCCAGGUAGAAGCAUCAGAGAAACACAGUGGGCCACAAUCAGUCCGUCCAUGAGGCAAAAACCAGCAGCGGACGCUCGGACGGUGAGCUUCAGUCACGCCUUUACA